UCUCCCACAUUGGGCUUGCCUGGAGGCUGCCAGGAGCAGCACUGUGGCACAGAGCAGUGGGGCACAUGUGCAGUAGGGCUGAGAUGUGGAGCUGCCCUAGAACAAAGCCAGAGAGGCUGAAGUCCUUACAAUCAGCUUUCUUUACCAAAUUCCUUGGCAGACUCUUCUGCCCAAAACCAUGGCCAGGGGAUCUGUGCCAAGCAGAAAGUGACUGCCAUUUGACCGCUGGACACUUUCCCCAUAUCAGCCAUGCCUAAUGGCAGGGCAGAAACAGUUCGCUGCAAAUUUCUUCAAACUGGCUGGAAAACUGCUACAGCAAACCUCUGUGCCUUGCCAUUUCUCUUACUUUGAGAGCUGAGAGAAGUCCUUUGCUCUGGCCACUUCCUGCCAGCUAGACCUGAGCAGCAUGACUAAUCCUGAACCUUUUUAGCUGCUCAGCCCUGUCACAUUGGGCUGAGCAUCAGGUUUUGCUCAGCUACUUCUACGCUGAGUGAAAAAGAUGGUGUUUAGCCAAAGUGUGCUGAAGAGAGCAGGGCUGAGGGUAGUGGAUACCGGUCCCUUUGCUCACACUGCAAAGAACGUGUGUUGGUGAAUGUAGAUGGCUUUCCCUUCCUCUUUCAUAUUAAAAAGCCUUCAGCCCUCUGUAAUUUCCUAUUGUGGCAGCUUACAUGCUGCAAUUGCAACGCUUCUCAGUUCUGUAAUAAGCUAAAGGGAUUGUUCUUGUUCAGCCUCUUACUGCAGGCUUCUUUCUGGAGGCUGCAAAUUCAGUUUUGUGGCUUUCUUAUGCUUGGGUUUUUUGUUUUUUUUUUUCCCCCAAGAUCCUUUUAAAAGCCUGGGAUGGAGGAGGAGCUCUUGUAUUGACACUGGUCGAGCCUUGUCUGGAAUGCUGUUCCCUGUGUGCUGUCCCUGUGUGCUCUCAGUGGGACCCUUGAGCUCCAGGGCCAAGUUGAGGUGCUGCUGCUCGUCCUGCCAGAAGGCAGCUCACAGCCUGGCCUACAGGAGCAGGCUUCUCCAGCAGCACCUUGUGACCAGGCACUGCACCAUCUUCCUCUGCUGCCUGCAGCAUGGGCCUGAUGAUGGGCCCCCUGAGAGCAGGACAGGGGGAGACAGGCAGCAGUCACCUUCUGAGACACCAACACCUGUAACCUGAGGCUCUAGACCCACCAGAGCUGUCUGUCUUCCUGCUUUCCCUUCUCUCCUUGGGGACAGGGCCUGGAGGAGGCUGUAGCUAAUUUAUUUGGGAGCUCCAGCUUACUCACUCUAUUGUUCUUUAUUUGCAUGUUGUUGCUUCAAUUAGUACAUGCCUGCAUGGAACAGAAGAGUUUUACUAGCACAGAGGAUGGUGUUCACCUGAGCCAGAGUCCAGAGAACGGAUUCUACUGCAACAACAUCUUGUUAAUCAGCUAAUUAAUCAUGUAAUGCAAUGGAAACCUCGGUGAGGAGAUGUCAUCCUGCCUGAGAAGGCUGGCUGUGAGUCAAGCCUGCUCCCCACCAGCAGCUGCCCCUGGCAGGGAGCAGAGCUGCAGCUUGGGGACCCUCAGGAGCCUGAGCACGUCUCUGACAUGGGGCAGUGAUGCCAUCUGCAAUUUUGUCAUCUGCAAUGACUCCUCCCUCCACAGCCAGCCGAUCAUCUUCAAUCCCGACUUCUUUGUGGAAAAGCUGCGCCAUGAAAAACCAGAGGUGUUCACAGAGCUGGUUGUCAGCAACAUUACCAGGCUCAUUGAUUUGCCUGGGGCAGAGCUGGCCCAGCUAAUGGGAGAGGAGGACCCAAAGCUGCCUGGGGCAAACAGCACAGCCUCUGGAUUUUUUCGUUCUCUGAUGUCUCUGAAGCGCAAGGAGAAGGGGGUGGUGUUUGGCUCACCACUGACAGAAGAAGGCAUUGCACAGGUUUCCCAGCUGAUCGAGUAUCUGCACAAAAAUCUAAGAGCAGAAGGCUUGUUUCGAGUGCCAGGCAACAGCAUCAGGCAACAGAUCCUAAAGGAUGCUCUGAACAGUGGUACUGAUAUUGACCUGGACUCUGGGGAGUUUCAUUCCAAUGAUGUGGCCACUCUACUUAAGAUGUUCCUGGGUGAAUUACCGGAGCCGCUGCUGACGCACAAGCACUUCCAUGCCCACCUCAAAAUUGCAGACUUGAUGCUGUUUGAUGAGAAGGGGAAUAAGACCAGCACUCCAGACAAAGAGCGCCAAAUUGAAGCCCUCCAGCUGCUGUUUUUGAUCCUUCCCGCUCCCAACCGCAGUCUGCUCAAACUGCUGCUGGACUUGCUCUACCAGACGGCCAAGAAGCAGGACAAGAACAAGAUGUCUGCCCACAACCUUGCCCUCAUGUUUGCACCCCACAUCCUAUGGCCCAGAAAUGUGACAGCAAAUGACCUUCAGGAAAAUAUCACAAAGCUAAACAAUGGAGUGACCUUCAUGAUCAAACAUUCUCAGAAACUCUUCAAGGCUCCGGUGUACAUCCGGGAGUGUGCCAGGCUACACUAUCUGGGAUCCAGAGCCCACACAUCAAAGGACGACCUGGAUUUGCUGACGUCUUCUGGCUCCAAGGAGCUGCAGCCCCUCAAGUCUCAGAAGCGAAGCCGGCUGGACUCUUGCCAUCAGGAGGAGACCCAGCAGCGCACGGAGGAGGCACUGAAGGAGCUCUUCCUCCACGUCCACAACAUGCCUGACUCUGCAAAGAAGAAGAAGCUUAUCCGGCAGUUUAAUAAGCAUCCAACAGCUCUGACUCCUGGCUCUGACGUGCCCACAUCCCCAGCACCACGACGCACCCGCUCGCGCUCCUUCAGCGGCCUCAUUAAGCGGAAAGUUUUGGGAACUCCAGUUAUCCUGGAGAGGAAGAGCAGGGAUUCCACACCAGAGCCUGUGCGGGUCAGCAAAGAGAACGUCCAACUGUUACAGAAAUGUGGCUCUCCAGCUCAUAUGUCCCAGGCGAAGCUCAAGUCUUUGGAAGGCCAGAAAGAGGGAUCCUGCAGACGCAUGCGAGCCCGCCUGCUUUCCAAGGAUUCAUCAUCCCUCUGAAUCGCCUCAGCCCAUGGGUGGGGAUUGCCCAGCCCCGCAAGCUGUGAAGAGAAAAUGUGCUGCACUGAGAGGGGAGUGCUGCAGGCUCACAGCAACCCUCACCAACACAGCAGCGCUCCUGAAACUGGACCUUUGCAAGGAUUGCAGGGAUUUGUUUCUGUAUAUAAAUUGUAUUUCAUUCUACUAUGGGGCAAACCACUAUCUAACCAAAACUUGUGCAGCAUGUCUGACCUGCUGGCUCUGGGAAGAGCUGGAGUGCUUGCUUGCAAGGAGAGCCCUGUUCAUUGCAGGGCCCUGUGUGCACUCCCAGCUUUCUUGUAAUGUUGCUAGGCUGUAUUUUUUUGCUUUUCUGCUCCAAGUUUUUAACACAUUGGCUUGUUUUUGCUUCCUUCCCCUGUUAGCAGUGAGAAUGAUGGGUUGUAACCCCUACCCACAUCCUGACAUCCAAGCUUGCCUCCAGUCUUGCUCUGGAGGCAUGCCCUUCUCUGCUUCUUCUUGGUUCCAUUUUGCUCUGCUGUUUCCAAAGGCCUGAAGUGCACAAACGGUAAAGGGCAUGGGAUGAGCCUGGAAGGAGAGGCUCUGGGUGCCAUCUUUUCAAGUAGGACCAGGGAAAAGCAGCUUCCCCAAUAAACUCAUCCCUCUAUUUUACCUUGAGCUGGAGGCAGCCCUUGCUCAGUGCCUUCGUGUUUCAGUGGUACAGUUCUGAACAAGGAGUGUCUUGGCUUUGUGUUCACCCAGGGAGGUUUAAGCUGAGGAGAGGAGGAGGCUGGCAAAGGCUGUCUGGGGCAGAACAGCCUAAUCUUUGGAAGUUAAGGUGCCUGGGGCAGGCAGAGUCUUGUGGCUCUGUGUGAAAGAGGAAAACGAGGUGAGAGAGGGCUCCAUCCAUUUGUGAUCUGCUGCAAAUGGUGCCAAAGGCUUUGGCUCAAGAUAUGUGGAUGGCUGGUAGGGCAACUGGCUGAUUAGUCAUUAAACUGGGGGAAAGGGCUGAAGCUGGGUUCAGCUCUUUGGUCUGAGCUGCAGAAAUGAGAUGAAACCUUCUAGAUACAGGAUAAACCCCAAUCACAGCUGGCCAAUGUCAGCAGUCUCCUUAAGCCAAAGUGCUCCAGUAAGCCAGUCUUGCCAAGAACCUGUCUGCAAGCACUCUGAGGUAGGAUACACACAGGGUUGCUACUGUGAAAUAAAGAUUUAAUCAGCUGGGGGACCAUCUAAACACUUCUCAGCCCUUCUCAGCAAAGUAAAUAAUCUCUGGAAUCCAAUUAUAUUUGUCUUCUAAUCUUUAAGAACCAGCAGCCAGCAGGAGUUAGAGCUCUGCUCUUGACAGCUUUCUGAAACAACUGGUGGCAGGAGGUGUGAAUAUUGGGAUAUGAACAGGGAGUUCAGUCUGAUUGGCUGGAGCUGUCAGAACGGGCAUUGGAGCCUGUGCAACUUAGCUGGAAUUUGUCACUUUUUUUAAUUGUGAUUUUUUUUUUUUUUUAAGACACAAAUCCUCAUGCUGCUCGGUACAAAGGGUGGUUUUUGGUACUUUAUCAGGGAUGCUUGUCUUCAGUCUGACCCCAGUUGGAGCCUUGAAAAUAUAGGGGUAGGGGGACUGUAGAUGUGUGAGUUGGGAGUUGCUGGUGUCAGGAGCCUCUGUCACAGCAAAGAGCGAGCUGUGGUUCUUCAGGGACCAGACUGAUGGUGAUGCUGUGAGGAAGGGCAGAGGCUGUUUGUUGUGGUAGUUGUAUGUGCUUUUUGGAUGUGUCUGUAAUCAUUCCCUCCAGAGGCUAAAGCUGUCUGUGUGCAUUUCUCCAAAGGAGCCCCUGUUUUUCUGACUGCAUUUCUGCCCUGUCCCUGCAGCCUGCUGUUAGCAGAGACUUGGGAAUCUCAGCUUUGCCUCUGAGCAGAGAUGAGGCACAGACAAAGGUCAAGUGACAGCACAGGGAGAGCUGGGUCUGCUUCUGCUAUCUCUGCUCUUACUUGCAUUGGGGUAAUUGCUGCAUGAACCAUUUGUUCACUCCUCCUCUCCCCAUUGUCCCUACCUGGCAUAUCUCAUACCUCUCUGUAUGGGUGACUGCUUGCCAAGGCAGUCUUGUACCUGACAUUAAAUACACUGCUCCCAUAUAGAUGAGACAAAGGUAACUCUCCACUGUCCCCCCUUACUGAUGGCUCUAGCUCAGGGGCUCUGGCUUCUGGCACAGCUGAGAUUUGUUCAACUCUAAGAAGUUACCUAUGGGGCACUGGCCAGGCCUUCUGCAUGUGUCACAUGCCUUACCUGCCAAGGGGAUGGGUGCUGUCUCCAGUCCUGGAGGGGCUCCAGUCUGUGGUGCUCGGGAUGGUGUGGCUGAUUGCUCCCCUAGGACCUUGGCUGUUGCUGUCCCGAUGCAUUCACGCUGUCUCCCCGGCACGGGAGAGUUUUAGUUAUGCUUGGAUGUGUCUCGUUUGUCUGCCCUGUGCAAUGACUCAUAAGGAUGCUUCUUCCCAGAGCAGCCGCUAACUGUUCCCAGAGUCUAUCAUUUCCAAGUAUUUUUAAUCUUUGUUCUUAUUUAUAUACGCUGUGUCAGUACUGUUGCAGACUGUUGCCUUUCUGUGUGUUAUGUGAAAACACCACAUUAAAUGCUUUUAUUUUUA